GGGUUGCUAGGAGAUAGCAGCGUCUGCCGUUCUUGCCCGGGCUGCCAGUGCAGGUGGAAAGCUGCGGGGAGAGCAGCUCAUCGCAUUGCUCCGUGCGCGGCUCGUGCGGUCCCCCAGCAGCCCGGGAGCGCAGGAUGCUCCUGCUUCCGAGUUAGCCCUGGAGAAAUAAUCCUACACCCCCCCCCCCUUCUGCAGGCAGCUGGUGCUGGCUGGGAAUGGGAAGCCUGCAAAAUCUGCCCCCCUCGCCUCCCUCCUCUUGACAGCCCCAGCCAGGCUGGUAAUUUAAGGCUCUGCACCAAGCUCCCCCCAGCUGAAAGGAGGGGAAAGAAGGAGCCGAAGAAAGAUGCGGCUCCGCAGCAGGGAGCCCCCGGUAGGAGCCUGGCCGAGGCGAGCCCCCGUGGGGCCGGUGCACGGGAAGAAGCGGGCUCAGGAGGAGCGAGGAGCAGGGAAGCGGGGGGUUAAUUGUAGGUGGAAAUCAGGAAUGACUCCAUCUAAGCUAAUGAAGUUACACUGAUAAGAAGCCAAUGUGAGUGAAAUCAGAAUCAGGGCUGACAGCUUUACCCAUUACAAUGACUUCAUAGGACCUCCUGUGCUCAACCUUUCUCCCAUUUUAUCCUGCUCUACAGGGGCUUGAUGGAAAGUCUUGUUGGCUUGUUCGUCCCUUGCUUGUGGGACAGCACUUCACAUUUAGCAAUGGGUCAAGAGGACUAAGGGGCACGUCUACUUCUGCCCAUGCUUCUUAAAGCUGCCAAAACAGGACCAAUGAAGAUGUUCACCAGGCUGCAGGUGCUUGCCCUGGCUUUGCUCUCCAAGGGAGUUUUCCUUUCCCUAAGUGACCAUAACUUUUUAAGAAAGGAAAUUAAGAUAGAAGGAGACUUAGUCUUAGGUGGUUUAUUCCCAAUUAAUGAAAAAGGCACCGGGACAGAAGAAUGUGGGAGAAUCAAUGAAGACCGAGGCAUCCAGCGCUUGGAGGCUAUGUUGUUUGCCAUUGAUGAAAUCAACAGAGACAAUUACUUGCUCCCAGGAAUUAAGCUUGGAGUUCAUAUUUUGGACACAUGUUCGAGGGAUACAUAUGCUUUAGAACAGUCUCUGGAGUUUGUCAGAGCAUCUUUGACGAAAGUGGAUGAAGCGGAGUAUAUGUGUCCCGAUGGAUCUUACGCCAUUCAAGAAAACAUUCCAUUACUCAUUGCAGGUGUCAUAGGUGGUUCUUACAGCAGUGUCUCCAUACAGGUUGCAAAUUUGCUGAGGCUAUUCCAGAUCCCCCAGAUCAGCUAUGCCUCCACCAGCGCCAAGCUGAGUGACAAGUCCCGCUACGAUUAUUUCGCAAGGACAGUCCCCCCUGACUUCUAUCAAGCAAAAGCAAUGGCCGAGAUCUUACGGUUCUUCAACUGGACCUACGUGUCAACGGUGGCCUCAGAAGGAGACUACGGAGAGACAGGGAUCGAAGCCUUUGAACAGGAGGCUCGCCUCCGGAACAUCUGCAUUGCCACCUCAGAGAAGGUUGGCAGGUCCAACAUCAGGAAGUCCUAUGACAGCGUAAUCAGAGAGCUGCUCCAGAAACCCAACGCAAGAGUGGUCGUGCUCUUCAUGAGAAGCGAUGACUCUCGGGAGCUCAUUGCUGCCGCUAACCGAUUCAACGUUUCCUUUACGUGGGUCGCCAGUGACGGGUGGGGGGCCCAGGAGAGCGUUGUCAAGGGCAACGAGCAUGUAGCUUAUGGAGCAAUAACCCUGGAACUUGCUUCCCACCCAGUUAAAGAGUUUGACCGGUACUUCCAAAGCCUCAAUCCUUAUAAUAAUCAUCGCAAUCCCUGGUUCAGGGACUUUUGGGAGCAAAAAUUCCAGUGCAGUCUCCAGAACAGAAAACCACACAGAAAAGCUUGUGACAAACACUUAAAUAUCAACAGUUCCAAUUACGAGCAGGAAUCCAAGAUCAUGUUUGUGGUGAAUGCUGUGUAUGCAAUGGCCCACGCCUUGCACAAAAUGCAACGGACACUGUGCCCCAACACUACCAAACUGUGUGAUGCCAUGAAACUUCUGGAUGGCAAGAAGCUGUAUAAAGAUUACCUACUGAAAGUUAACUUCACAGCUCCAUUUAACCCUCCCAAUGCUGCGGACAGCGUGGUCAAAUUUGACACCUAUGGAGAUGGGCUAGGCCGAUACAACGUGUUCAAUUUCCAGUACGCCGGAGGCAGAUAUUCCUACCUGAAGGUUGGUCACUGGGCAGAAAUCUUGUCACUGGACAUAGACUCAAUUCACUGGUCCAGAAGCUCUGUCCCCACUUCCCAGUGUAGCGACCCCUGCGCUCCUAAUGAAAUGAAGAACAUGCAGCCAGGAGAUGUCUGCUGUUGGAUCUGCAUUGCCUGUGAGCCCUUUGAAUACUUGGCUGAUGAAUUUACCUGUGCAGACUGCGGGCCUGGGCAGUGGCCCACUGCUGACCUGACUGGCUGCUAUGACCUACCAGAAGACUAUGUCAAGUGGGAAGAUGCCUGGGCAAUAGGCCCCGUUACUAUUGCAUGUCUGGGUUUUAUUUGUACCUUCAUGGUCGUGGCAGUCUUUAUCAAGCACAACAACACUCCCCUGGUCAAAGCUUCCGGCCGUGAACUGUGUUACAUAUUACUCUUCGGGGUCUUCCUGUCUUAUAGCAUGACAUUCUUCUUCAUAGCCAAGCCUUCUCCGGCCAUCUGCACCUUACGCCGUCUGGGGCUGGGAAGUUCCUUUUCAGUUUGCUAUGCCGCCCUCCUGACAAAGACAAACUGCAUAGCCAGAAUAUUUAACGGUGUGAAGAAUGGUGCUCAACGGCCUAAAUUCAUCAGCCCCAGCUCUCAGGUCUUCAUCUGCCUGAGCCUCAUCCUGGUACAGAUCGUGGUGGUGUGUGUGUGGCUCAUAGUGGAGUCCCCGGGCACCAGACGGUAUACUCUUCCUGAGAAAAGGGAGACUGUCAUAUUGAAAUGCAAUGUCAAAGAUUCGAGUAUGUUAAUCUCCUUAACAUACGAUGUAAUCCUUGUAGUCUUAUGCACUAUAUAUGCCUUCAAAACAAGGAAGUGCCCAGAGAACUUCAACGAAGCCAAGUUUAUCGGUUUCACAAUGUACACAACGUGCAUCAUUUGGCUGGCCUUCCUCCCCAUAUUUUAUGUGACAUCUAGUGACUACAGAGUGCAGACCACAACCAUGUGCAUCUCUGUCAGUCUGAGUGGCUUUGUUGUGCUGGGCUGUUUGUUCGCGCCCAAAGUGCACAUCAUCCUCUUCCAGCCACAGAAGAACGUGGUCACUCACAGACUCCAUCUCAACAGGUUCAGUGUCAGUGGGACCGGAACCACUUACUCCCAGUCGUCGGCUAGUAUGUACGUUCCGACAGUCUGCAAUGGAAGGGAAGUCCUAGAUUCUACCACCUCAUCUCUGUGAUUGUGACCUGCAGUUCAGUUCUUGAGUUUUUAGACUGUUAGCCAAAAUUUGCACAUGUUGUGCACUCCAGAAAACAACACAAACAAAACUAGAACCUUUUUUAGAAACAGUAUAAUAAAUUAUUUUUGAGGACUGUACAGUAUAUAGUGACAUUCUAGAACUUUUUAGACGGAUUUUAGCGCCUCUGUUAUUAACAGUUCUAAGGGACAUGUAAAUAACCUUGGUUUACAGCACACAUAUUUCUGCAGUGUUGACUCAGAAGUGGGAGAGUGAUUUGCUGCAAGCACAGUUGCAAUGUUAGGUGACUUUCUUUCCUAUGAAAUUUUUUGUAGCUCCUUGUUGUAAUGAACUUAGACUGCAUUUCUAUGUUAUAUAUAACAGUUACAUUAUGCGUAACCGAUUGUUUUCUCAGCACAAAACAGCAGUAUUAAUGUAAAGAUGCCAAUAAUAAAACCGUAAACAUUUGUCA